GUUAUGUUGACUUUGCGGCAUCCUAAUAUUGUUUUGCUGGUUGGAGCGCAGACUAGGUUGAAGCCGUUGAGAAUACUCACGGAAUUUUGUUCUGGCGGGUGUUUAUAUGAUUUACUUCAUGUGAGAAGAGGAGUUCAGCUGAGUUGGAAACAGCGAGCGGUCAUGAUGUUGGACAUCGCGAAAGGUAUAUAUUUUAUGCAUUCAGCGCGACCACCGGUUAUUCAUAGGGAUAUCAAGUCGUUGAAUCUCUUACUAGAGCAGCCC